CUUGUAUCUACAAUGGUCAAUUUCGUUAUUGCUGCUUUUCUUUUAGUAGUUUCCUCAUCUUGCACAGCUGCUACAGCUGGUGCAACUGGUACAUCAGUUGAGCCAUGCGAUUCUAAAAACUCGAAUCACCCUCGAGAAACCCGCAAACGUACUACCAGGAGAAAGCGUAGAUCGAGAAGCACUACAACCACCGUCAAGCCAUCUGUUACACGCAGGCCUACCACCAAUCCACUGCCACAACCUGCUCCAACAUCUGUCCAACCACCUGCUCCUCAGCCAACAACAGGUGGUGGUAAUUUGGGAGAAUUCCAACAAGAUUGCUUGAAUACACACAAUCGAUUCCGUGCCAUUGUUGGCGUCAAUCCACUUAGUUGGUCUGCAGCAGCAGAACAAGCUGCUCGAACGUGGGCCAAUCAUCUUGCAUCUACAGGUCUUUUUGAACAUUCAAAGGGAGCUGUUGGUAAAUUUGGUGAGAAUUUGUAUUGGUCUAGUCGUGGCGUAUAUCCUUGCAGUCAAGCCAUUCAAGUGUUUUUUGACGAGCGUAAAAACUACAAUGGUGAACCAAUUGGGCAAGGAAACUUUAGCAAAUAUGGCCAUUACACCCAACUGGUUUGGCCUACCACCACCCAGCUUGGAUGCGCUCUUGCCGGAGGAAACACUGUCUGUGAAUACUCUCCUCCUGGAAACAUUACAGGCCAGCGUGCUCCACGAUAGUCUUAUUUUUAUGCAUACUGAUUUUUAUACUCGAUAAAUUAAAUAAACAAUCUCAAGAAUGCAAUU